CAUCAAAGACAAAAUUGUAUUGAUAACUGGAGGAUCACGCGGGAUUGGGCUCAUGAUAGCCAAAGGAUUCGUAAAUAAUGGAGCAAAAGUUUACAUUUCCUCUAGAAAUGCCAAACUCUGUGAUCAGGUCGCAAGAGAAUUGACGGCUCAAGGAAUCGGUGAAGCAGUAAGUCUACCCGCCGAUUUACAAAACUUGAAAGAGUGUAAAAGAUUGGUUGACGAGAUUACGAAACGAGAAGGACGAUUACAUGUUUUGAUUAAUAACGCAGGCGCAAAUUGGGGAGCAAAAUUUGAAGAGUAUCCUGAUGAGGCUUUUGAGAAAGUGCUCAACUUGAAUCUAAAGCGGGUUUUCAGUCUAACACAAGC